AUGACGAGAGCUAGGGAGACAGGGUACACGAGCAAUGAGGACGACAAUGUUGUGCGGGUGUUCCUCGUUCGGCACGGCCAGACGGACCACAACGUGAAGAAGAUCCUGCAGGGACACAGGGACAUCCCACUGAACGUUGACGGAGUGAAGCAGUCGCACUCUCUCGGGGAGUACUUGCAGUCCCGUGGGGUCCACUUCGACCGGGUCUACUCCAGUGACUUGACACGGUGUCGUGAGACCACUGCGGAACUGCUGCUUCCCGUGGACGACGCACCAGCACCACCGGUGAAGUACGACGCAAGGCUCAGGGAGCGUGACAUGGGGGUCAUUGAAGGGAUGCACCUCGCCGAGGCGGAACGGUACGCCGCUAAGCACGGCGGCGGGUCCUUCAGGGACUUUGGUGAACCCGCUGACCAGUUCAUGGCCCGUCUACGUGCUGGACUCGAAGCUGCUGUAAAGGACGCCUCCGCUCAUGGGUGCAAGAACGUCGCUGUGGUGAGCCACGGUGGGGCCAUCCGUGGGUUACUCAAGUGGCUCGUACAGGGGGCCGGUGGUGGUGACUUGCAGCAAGUGAUUGUGUUCAACACGAGCGUCACGGUCGUCGACUACACGAAACACGACGGCCAGUACACCGUGCGCACCGUGGGGAACACUGCACACUUGGGCGAUGGAGAGUUUGUGGUCAGUGACUUGAAGCUCCGUUGA